AUGUUUCAAUCGGGUGUGCAGGCUGCCUCUUCCAACACCGAGAGCAGCCCUCCAGCCAAGUCACAGACGUCAGAUGUUUGGCCUCAAGGUCCGCCAGGUGGAGGGAAGACAGCAUCAGUUGAGGGUCUCGAAGCCUUGCUGCUCUUGAAGCGCCAAGCGCCAGAACUCUACGAGGAGAUGGACCACCUCCUUUCUGAGCUCUCGAAGCCAAUGGCCCGUGAGGCACAGGUCGCCUGCAUUUUGGCGCUCCAACGUUGCACCGAGAGCGCUCGCUUUGCGCGAGAGGCUGCGGAAGGCGCAGAUGAUGAAUUGAGUGACUUGGGCACAGAGUCCGCUUUGAGCCUCUCACUCGUCGUGGAAGAGGAUCUACGUGACGAGGCUCCACCCUCAGAUUGGUGCAGACAGAGCUAG